AUGAGAUCACUCUGCAAUGGGAUGCUCCCAAAGGGAGUACGAUGUUUUGAAGUGCAGUAUUUGAAUGCUGAUUCGUCUUUGUUGCAGACGAUUACUGAAAAGGAGAAUAUUACUAUUGAUAAUUUGAAACCUUACAGGAACUACACAUUCACCGUAGUAGUCCGUUCCGGCAACCACUCUACGGUGCUGCGUUCAAGUCUCCCGGUCUCCGCCUCGUUCCGGACUUUAGAAUCGACUCCGGAGCGCGUCGAACGUUUCGCACCGACCGACAUCAGGCCGAACGAAGUCGCCUUCGAAUGGUACCUGGCGGAGCAGGACAAGAACGGUGUGCUGAAGAGAUUCACCAUAACUUACGGAGAGGAGAACCAUCCUGAUGGAAAUGCUGUUAAUAGGACUGAUUUCGAUCCGCAGGAGACACAGGGUGUGAUACGAGAUUUGGUUCCUGGUAAAACGUAUGUGUUUAAAAUCAGAGCUGAGACCAGAGUUGGAUAUGGUCCAGAAUCAAUCUGGAAGUUGCAGAUGCCCAUUUUGGCACCUCCUCAACCCAAUUCUCAAGUGGUUCCUACAGAGGUGUGUAAGAGUUCGACAACCAUUCGAAUCAGGUUUAGGAAAAACUACUUCUCAGAAAAGAAUGGUGCUAUAACAUCCUAUACCAUCAUAGUAGCAGAAGACGAUACAAAGAACUCAUCAGGCUUAGAAAUGUUGAGCUGGAGAGACGUGCAAGGAUUGAGAGUGUGGCUACCAUAUCAAGCAGUUGAUCCUUAUUACCCCUUUAAGAAUGCAUCAGUGGAAGAUUUUACAAUCGGUACAGAAGACUGUGAGUCUAAAAAGAAGAGUUCGGGUUAUUGCAAUGGCCCGCUUAAAGCAGGGGCUACUUAUAGUGUUAAAGUGAGAGCUUUUACAGCCCGAGAUAAGUUUACGGAUACUCAUUACAGUUUCAGAAUUCAAACAGAUCAAGACAACACCCCAAUAAUAGUGGGCGUGACUGUUCCCCUGAUAUGCAUCCUGCUGCUUCUGGUGACGGUGAUAGUGCUUCGAAGGCGCAGGAAUGCGAAUAGAAAGGCGACUGAGGCCAGACACAGCGACGCCAUGUCUCUGCCCGACAGCGUCGCAGACACGACAAGACCUGUAAGGAUUGAAAACUUUGCAGAACACUACAGGAUCAUGUCGGCCGACAGCGAUUUCAGGUUCAGUGAAGAAUUUGAGGAAUUGAAACAUGUAGGUCGUGAACAGCCCUGUACUUUUGCUGAUCUACCUUGCAACCGACCGAAGAACAGGUUCACUAACAUCUUGCCUUAUGAUCACUCACGAUUCAAACUGCAACCGGUUGAUGACGAGGAAGGAUCUGAUUAUAUCAAUGCUAAUUAUGUACCGGGUCAUAAUUCUCCAAGAGAGUUCAUAGUAACCCAAGGGCCUUUGCAUUCAACAAGAGACGAUUUCUGGAGAAUGUGCUGGGAGAGUAACUCAAGGGCCAUUGUUAUGUUGACGAGAUGUGUGGAGAAGGGACGAGAGAAGUGUGAUCACUAUUGGCCCUACGACACUUUACCAGCUUACUAUGGUGAUAUCUGUGUUACUAUUUUAAAUGAUAGUCACUAUUUGGACUGGAGUGUCACUGAAUUCAUGAUGACAAGGGGAGAAACCCAGCGUGUAAUGAAACAUUUCCAUUUCACAACGUGGCCUGAUUUUGGUGUCCCAUCUCCUCCACAAACUUUAGUAAGAUUUGCAAGAGCCUUCCGGGAAAGAGUUGGUCCUGAACAGAGGCCUGUGGUUGUACAUUGUAGUGCUGGUGUUGGUAGAUCUGGUACAUUUAUUGCACUCGACAGGAUAUUGCAGCAGAUCAGAGUCAACGAUUAUGUGGAUAUAUUUGGAAUUGUGUGGCAAAUGCGCAAAGAACGUGUAUGGAUGGUCCAAACGGAACAACAAUACAUCUGCAUCCACCAAUGUCUUUUGGCUGUCCUCGAAGGCCGAGACAACACAGGACCUCCAAGAGAGAUACACGAAAACCAAGGAUUUGAAGACAAAACCAAUCCGAACGCUCUCCUGGACGCUCCUCUGACCGGCGAAGCCGAAAAGGAGAGAUGACGAUUGCUCAACGGCGGCGGCGACCUCGACGACGCCGUCACUUGCGACGACAGCGGCCACGGCGAAGGCGAAUCUGACGAAGUCGGAAACUCACCUGGGGAAAAUGAUAAUGGAGAUAAUGAUAUUGAUAGUGGUGAUAAUGGAGAUAAUGAUAGUGGAGAUAAUGAUAGUGUCGCUUGUAAUGGACCAGGGGAUGAUGAUGAAGUUGUGGGUCAGGAUGAUGAGGUGCAUGAUGACGGUGAUGACCUCACUUUAUUCGGCGACAACGACGGCGACCAAAGAAGCUUCAACAUAUCCAACGACGGCGAACUCGACUACUUCGACGGCCGUUUCAACGACACCAUCAAAAAAGACGAAAACAUCAUGUUC